AUGUCCACCUCUGAUGAGCCCCGGCUGCUCGACAGUUUCAGCGCUCCCAAAGAGAUUUUUGAUGAGAUGGCUGAAGCAGCAGAGGAAGAGGACUAUGAUCCCUUCCGUGAGACGCAGAAGACACGCCAAAUCGCGAGCAGGCGGAGUGACUACGCCAACCGGCACCUCGAAAUCGAACGUAUAGGUGUUUCCAUCGAUCCUUUUGCUCAGGACGCAGACGGAAAUGCCGCACAAGGCGCCGGUUACCAAGACGCUAUGCGCGUACAAAGGUUAGAGCGAGAGGAGCAACGCGUCAGACGGCUCAUCCAAGCCAAAGAGGCGCAGGAACGUGAAGAUGGCAUCGUCAAGAUGGAUCUCGACAAGACGCCGCCGCGAGAGGACAUAGAGGCGGCUGAAAAGCUGAUUAUGCAAGCUCAGGAUAUGGCCGCGUCGGGCUUGGGAAAGAAGAGAAAAGCUCGCUGGGAUGUAGAAGGAGAGGACACAAAGCCGUCUGUUGAGACAAAGGAGGCCAGCGAGGAGCAAGCUCCUCCCAAAAAGCGACGAUCACGCUGGGACGAAACGCCAGCUACAGCUACAGACGAUAAAGCGGCCGUCACAACGUCUUCGGAGAAACGAGUAUCUCGUUGGGACCAAACCGCUCCUGCCACUCCCGCUCCUAUGGCUCAAAUCAUCGGUAUCGGACCGACCUUCCAUCCGACCGAAAUGGACAAGCAUAACCGCUACCUAUCGGAUGCAGAACUCGAUCUUCUUCUUCCAACGAGCGGCUACGCUAUCGUUCCUCCUCCUGCGGGAUAUGCACCAGCUUCCGCUCGCAAGUAUAUGUCAGCACCGACUCCCAUGGGAAUCACCGGGUUUCACAUUCAAGAAGAGUCUGAUGCGGCUGCAGUAGCGGCUGCGGCUGGUUUGGCUCCAGAUCUACCAACCGAAAUCCCAGGCAUCGGUACGUUGGCUUUCAUGAAGCCCGAAGACGCAUCGUACUUUGCCAAGGUUCUCAAGGAGGAGGACGAAUCCGACCUCUCUGUAGAAGAACUCAAGGAACGCAAGAUUAUGCGACUUCUUCUUAAGAUCAAGAAUGGAACACCGCCAGUGCGAAAGUCAGCUCUUCGACAGAUCACGGACAAGGCUCGCGAAUUCGGUGCAGGCCCACUCUUUGACAAGAUUCUCCCUUUACUCAUGGAGCGCACUUUGGAGGACCAGGAGCGACAUCUGCUCGUCAAGGUCAUUGACCGAGUACUGUACAAAUUGGAUGAUCUUGUUCGCCCAUAUGUACACAAAAUUCUUGUCGUCAUCGAGCCCUUGCUCAUUGACGAAGAUUAUUACGCACGCGUCGAGGGCCGUGAAAUCAUCUCCAACCUUUCCAAAGCAGCCGGUCUCGCUCACAUGAUCUCCACCAUGCGUCCUGAUAUCGAUCACGCGGACGAGUACGUGCGAAACACUACCGCCCGUGCCUUCUCCGUUGUCGCAUCCGCGCUUGGUAUACCCUCCCUUUUGCCUUUCCUCAAGGCCGUCUGCCGGUCUAAAAAAUCAUGGCAGGCUCGACACACCGGUAUUCGAAUCGUACAACAAAUUGCAAUCAUGAUGGGAUGCGCCGUUCUCCCCCAUCUCCGCAAUCUCGUCGACGCUAUCGCACAUGGACUACAGGAUGAUCAGCAAAAGGUCCGCACGAUGACUGCUCUGGCCAUCGCGGCGUUGGCCGAAGCCGCUGCACCGUAUGGUAUUGAAUCAUUCGACGACGUGCUCAAGCCUCUAUGGCUUGGUAUCCGCCAACAUCGUGGCAAGGGUCUCGCAGCCUUCCUCAAAGCCAUCGGGUUUAUCAUCCCCCUUAUGGAUCCGGACUUUGCCAACUAUUACACCAAAGAAGUUACCGUUAUCCUUAUCCGCGAGUUCCAGACUUCAGACGAGGAGAUGAAGAAGAUUGUGCUGAAGGUCGUCAAGCAGUGCGCUGCGACAGAAGGUGUCACUCCUGGUUACAUCAAGAGUGACAUUCUCCCCGACUUUUUCAAAGCCUUCUGGGUGCGUCGAAUGGCACUUGACCGCCGCAACUACAAACAAGUUGUGGAAACUACAGUGGAGCUCGCACAAAAAGCCGGUGUUUCUGAGAUUGUAGGAAAGAUUGUAAACGACCUCAAGGAUGAUUCCGAGCCUUACAGAAAGAUGGUCAUGGAAACAAUUCAAAAUGUGAUUCAAACGUUGGGUGCCUCUGACAUUGAUGAGCGAUUGGAGGAGCGACUGUUGGACGGCAUUAUCUAUGCGUUCCAGGAACAGACUACGGAAGACCAGGUCAUGCUCGAUGGAUUUGGCGUCGUCGUCAAUGCUUUGGGCAUUCGCGUUAAACCAUACCUCAUGCAGAUCGUUUCCGUCGUCCUCUUCCGUUUGGGAAACAAGAGUGCCAAGGUUCGCCAGCAAGCUGCGGACUUGACGACCCGGUUGGCAGUAGUCAUCAAGCAAUGUGGCGAGAUUGGUCUUCUCAACAAGCUAGGAGUAGUUCUCUUCGAGCAGCUUGGUGAAGAGUAUCCGGAUACAUUGGGCAGUAUUAUUGCUGCAGAAGGCGCCAUUGCCAACGUCGUCGGAAUGACCGAAAUGCAACCACCUGUCAAAGACCUUUUGCCACGUAUGACUCCAAUUCUUCGUAAUCGACACGAAAAGGUGCAAGAAGCUUCUAUCAACUUGAUCGGACGUAUCGCUGAUCGUGGUGCCGAGCAUGUACCUGCACGAGAAUGGAUGCGUAUCUGCUUCGAACUACUCGACCUGCUCAAGGCCCACAAGAAGGCUAUUCGUCGAGCUGCUGUGAAUAGUUUUGGUUACAUCGCCAAGACUCUGGGUCCUCAGGAUGUACUUUCAGUGCUCCUCACCAACUUGCGCGUACAAGAACGCCAAAGUCGAGUGUGUAGCUCCGUCGCAAUUGCGAUUGUUGCAGAGACAUGUGGACCCUUUACCUGCAUUCCUGCCAUUUUGACCGAAUAUCGAACGGCCGAGCUCAAUGUCCGUACCGGAUGUUUGAAAGCGUUGACCUUCGUCUUUGAAUACGUCGGACCGCAAUCAGCUUACUAUGCCGACUCGGUGGUUACCAUGCUUGAGGACGCAUUGACGGAUCGUGAUCACGUUCAUCGACAGACUGCUAGUGUCAUCGUCAAACACCUUGCUCUUGGUGUUGCAGGACUCGGCUGUGAGGAUUCGAUGCUUCACUUGAUGAACUUGGUGUGGCCGAACUGCUUCGAGGCGUCUCCGCACGUUAUCGGUGCGGUUAUGGAUGCCAUUGAAGCGAUGCGCGUGUGCCUUGGUCCAAGCAUCCUCUUGAACUAUACACUCCAAGGCUUGUUCCAUCCCUCGCGAAAGGUUCGAGAGGUCUACUGGAGAAUAUAUAAUGCGCUCUACCUCGGAGCUGCUGAUGCGAUGGUCCCCUAUUAUCCUGACCUGGGAGAACUCAACGACUAUGAUGGAAAAACACUAAGGAAUACGUAUGACCGGUUCCCCCUCCAGAUGUGGGUCUAA